AUUUGUAUUUAAAACAACGCUUUUACUUUUAAUUCGUUUUAAAGUUUUGUGUCACGUUUUUUGUACAACUUUAUCAAACACAAAGGUUACUGACGGACAACUUUCCCUUUAAGAACUCUGACCAGUUGCUCAGCGCCCAAUCGCGGCGCGUAAACUGAACUUUGUUGUUGUCAGCAACUACCAGCUAGCUUUAGGCUAACGUUACAAACCGGCGAGCUACCGGAGUGCUAGCCUUUCCUAUUUGUCUUAAUAACGGAGCCGGGCGUUGCUAUAUUUCGGUCCUAACGGUCACAACGAGUCGCUCUCACAGAGUACUGUCACAUAUACGAGAAGAAAUUACUUCAGGAAUGUCUGAUCCCACCUUAGAGAGACAUUUCAAGGGUCACAGGGACACUGUGACAAGUGUGGACUUCAGCUGCAACAUGAAACAUAUUGCCACAGGUUCGGUGGACUCCUGUGUGAUGAUCUGGAACAUGAAGCCCCAGAUGCGAGCUUAUCGUUUUGAUGGGCACAAAGAAGCUGUCACGUCAGUUCAGUUUUCACCAUCUGGUCACCUGGUGGCCUCUGCCUCCAGAGACAAGACUGUUCGUCUUUGGGUGCCCAGCAUGAAGGCAGAGUCAACAGUAUUCAGAGCUCAUACUGCCACCGUGCGCUCUGUUAACUUUUCUGGUGAUGGACAGACUCUGGUCACAGCCUCCAAUGACAAGACCAUCAAAGUGUGGACCGUCCACAGGCAGAAGUUCCUCUUCUCUCUCAACCAGCACAUUAACUGGGUUCGCUGUGCCAAGUUUUCUCCUGAUGAUCGUUUGAUUGUGUCAUCCAGUGAUGAUAAGACUAUAAAACUCUGGGACAAGAACAGCAGAGAGUGCAUUCAUACUUUCUUUGAACAUGCUGGUUAUGCCAACCAUGUGGAUUUUCACCCUAGUGGAACAUGCAUUGCUGCAGCUAGUACUGACAACUCUGUUAAGCUCUGGGACAUCCGAUCCCACAAGAUGCUCCAACACUACCAAGUCCACAGUGGUGUGGUGAACAGCUUGUCUUUCCACCCUGCUGGUAAUUUCCUAAUCACUGCGUCCAGCGAUUCCACAAUGAAAAUACUAGACCUCGUGGAGGGCAAGCUACUGUACACACUGCAUGGACAUCAGGGUGCAGUCACCUGUGUGACCUUCUCUAGGACUGGAGAGUACUUUUCAUCUGGAGGCACAGAUGAACAGGUAAUGGUGUGGAAAAGCAACCUUGACUUCACUGAAUCUAGUGAUGGUGCUAGACUGCAGCAUAAAAGAGUUCCCGCCUUGCAAGUGCCACAAGCCAGUUCCACAACUUACCUCCAGGUUAAUUCUCAGCCAUCUGUACCCCGCAGUCAGAUCUUUGAACCGGGAGAGUAUCUUAACAGACAUGAAUCUCAUCCUCCUGCCCACACUCUAAGCUACAGUCAUAAUGGCAGUCACAGUAGAGCAGCCCAUUCCCACGACAACAGAGACCCAAGCACCAGUUCCUCCUCCACCCAGCACACUAAGACCCAGAAUUUACAGCAGCCCUCACAUCAGGAUCAACCACAAUCCCAUGCUUCAGAGGGACGGGUUCCCUCUGGUCUGGCAAACACACUGGAGCACAUCAUAGGUCAACUGGAUAUUCUCACUCAGACUGUUUCAAUCUUGGAGCAGCGGCUGACACUGACAGAGGACAAGCUCAAGGAGUGUUUGGAAAACCAAAUGGAAAUUGGACUACAUCUCCAGAGAAGAGACGAAGCAUAAAGAUGGUGUGAGUGGAGAAAGUGAACACAUCAACACUGCAGACUGAUUCAAGUGUUUUUAAAUUGCUCUGAAAAUGUGAGGUCUUAUAUAUGCAACAGAACAAUCACAAGCACGGAAUUGAACAGCCAAUGAAUGAACACUGAGCCUUAGUGCUCUUAGUGCUGAUGCACUGUGUCUGGUUAUUUUACUCAGAGACAUCAGAGGUGAAGGAGCUGCAUACUUGAGAAGUUCCUCCACAAUAGAGCUGAGUGUGCAGUUGCUUCCCUGCUGACAAAGGACCAAUCACUGUGUAUGUUUAUAUAAGUGCACAAUGACUCCCUGUACAAGUGUCAACACAUACAAGAGGCUUUAGUGUACUGUGUGUGUUCAUAUUUUCAUUUCAAUUUGUCAUAUGUAGCAUUGUAUGGCAAGUCACACAGUGUGCAGAAAUCCAACCAAAUAAUUCACAGGCUGAUUCAUCAUUGUAGUUUCCAUUUUUAAAGUGCUCUUUUCAAAAUGUCAGCCUAAUUCUUAGUUUAUUUGCUAAAUUUAUUCCCCAAAAAUCAUUUUAAUUUUUAUUUGUCUUCUAUUAUUAGUUCUUGAACCAGCCAAUCUGUAGCAUCAAACUCAGAUCCCAUUGCAGAGCCAGUGCAGUGCCUUGCUUUUAUAAGAGUUUAAUAUGUAUUUUUGUUGUUAGACCUCAUGAAAAGAUUAAAGGCAUUAUGUAUUGGUCCUACCAGCAAAUUUCAUAAACCUCCACUGUUGUCCAGAAACAAUGAGAAACGUUUCACUGGUCCUCAUUGUAAAUUCUGUUUACAUUUUUUAUUUGUGUCUUAAACCUGUUCACUAACUUUCUUACAUACAGUGAGUUUAGGUCUGACUGCUGCAAAAGUCAGAAAGAGAUAAACAUUUUUUUAUUUUUAAAUGAGAUGUUGGCUAUAAGAAAACUUUAAAUAAACAAAUCCUUGGGUCUCAGAUGUCAGAAUAAUGGUUUUACUUUGGUUUUGGGUUGAUUUUUACUCUUCUACUUCUGUGGUUUUAAUGUGUCUCUGUGCUUCCUGUUUUCUUAAACUUUUAUGCACUAAAGUAAGCUAUUGUUCAUCCUCUUAAUAAA